AUGAUUUCUGGUCUAUUUGGUGUCCUACGCCAAAAACUACGAAAUCCACAUUUUGAAGCAAAAGGCACAGCGAAUGUUCAUGGGAAGGAUAAUUGGUUAGAUAAUGACGAUAUCAGACCUUUGAAAUUGGCGGAUCGCACUUGGAAUGUUUGGACUUAUCUUACAUUUUGGUUCUCUGCAACUUCCACGGUUUCAACAUGGUAUGCGGCAUCGAGUGCGCAGGCUUUGGGCUUGAGUAUGUGGGAAUCGGUUCUGUGUGCUUUUGGUGGUCAAUGUUUGAUUGCUAUUGUGAUUGUGUUCAAUGGUAGAUCGGGGGCUGUAUAUCACAUUGGCUAUCCUAUACUCAACAGAGCUGCGUUUGGUGUCUUCGGAGCAUGGUGGCCUACAUUCAAUCGUGCUGUGAUGGCUAUUGUUUGGAAUGGUGUCAAUGCAGUCCAAGGAGGUGAAUGUAUUUAUGUCAUGCUUCAUACACUCAGUCCACAUGUUGCCGAUUUCAAGAAUGUUAUGGGUGAAGGUUCCGCUCUCGAUUCUGGUGGUAUGCUUGGACUUGGAAUCUUUUGGAUUCUAACUUGUUGUUUUCUCAUUAUCCCUGUCCCAAAGAUGAAAGGUCUUGUAUACGCCAAACUUAUCGUCUUUAUCAUUUCCGCCAUCGCUAUGUGUGCCUGGACUUUGACUAUGGCUGGUGGCAUUGGACCAGUUGCUCGUCAACCAGGUACAGUCAAGGGCACCAAACGAACAUGGCUUCUCGUACGAUUUGUACUUCUUGGUGCUGCUAAUUGUGCAACAUUUGCUUCCAAUGCAGCCGAUUUUCAACGCUAUGCCCACAAACCAAAAGAUGUUAUUUGGGGAAACUUGGUCGGAUUUCCCAUCUCUAAUUUAAUCGUAGCAAUUAUCGGUAAUCUAGUAAGCUCCUCAAGUCAAGUUCUCUUUGGUGAGAUUAUUUGGUCCCCCCUCACCUACCUCGAUCGAAUCCUCGAACGAACAUACGACGCCCCAACUCGAGCUGGAUGUUUUUUCAUCGCCGGCUGCUUCGCUUAUUCCGCAAUCUUUUCUUCAAUUUUCGAAAACUCUAUUCCGGCUGGAAACGAUAUCGCUGCGCUCUUCCCAAAAUACAUAUCCAUUCGCACCGGAUUCUUCAUCUGUGCGGUACUCAGCAUCGCAAUCCAACCCUGGUACCUCCUCAAAUCCGCCAGCAUCUUCAUUUCCUUUCUCGCCUCCUAUCAAAUCUUCCUCUCAGCCAUUACCGGUGUGCUUCUCUGCCAUUAUUUCAUCAUCGCCCGUGGAUUCCUCAAGAUCCCAGAUCUCUAUACCUCGGAUAAAAAAGCCGCAUAUCAUUAUACCGGUGGCUGGAAUUGGCGCGCCUAUGCGGCGUAUGUGAUUGGUAUUGUGCCGAAUUUUUGGGGCUUUUUGAAUAAUAUGGGGGUCCGGGCACCAAUAGGAAUUACGAGGGCAUAUUAUUUUGCAUAUCCGAUAGGACUUUUUGUGAGUUUUAUGGUUUAUUGGGGGGUGUGUUGGAAGUGGCCGGUGAAGGUUCAGUAUUCGUUGGGAGAGUGGAUGGAGGUAAAGGAUUAUGUGAGGGAGGAGGAGAGGGGAGAGAGAGUGGGAAGCGGAUGGGGGAGUAUGGUUAGUGGAGAAGAAGAGGGGCAGGCGGAGGCGGAGGCGGAAUUGGUGGGUGAGAAGGGUGAGGUCGAAGAUGAGAAGAAUGAUUUGGAUGUGCCACCUGGAGGAGAAGAGGAAGCUGGUGUAAGAAAUCGUGGAUCAGAGACAACGGUUGUAGCGAGGUAG